CCCUUCUCCUAAAAACAAAUCGAGGGGAGAGGUUAGGGAGACUUAAGUGUUGGGGAAUGUGUUUUCAUGUCAUAUUGAGUGUAUUGAUUUAUUUAAUUCUCCGUUCUUAGAAUUGUUUUCCUUCAUCAUAUCCAUGAUCAUUUAAGUAGCAUCGGGGAAUACAAACUAUUUUGGCAAAGAAAGAGGAUUCACGGGUAGGAAAAAAAAGGGUAAAAAGAGGCAAAACAUAAGUUCACAACCAAGGAGCAUAAGAUCACGACCGAGAUUCCUUCGGUCGCGAAGAGAUAACGAGCCACACACAAGAUCGCUAAGUCAUGAUCUCAAGGAGGCCACGCCCAAUAAGAAACAGAAGGAGUCGCGGUCCUUUUUGUGGUCCUUCGCACUCGAGCCCGCGGCAAAGUUCGCUGUCGUGACUUUUAGUUCGUGAUCGUGAUCUGGAAGCCGAGAACUUAGCUCCAGCGCAACAACAACAAAAAAUUGUUUGUAGAUCGUGUAUUGGGAAGGAAGAUCGCGACUGUAAUCUCACAACACGAGGCCGCGAUCAUGUCCAUGUUUCUGGCCGCCUAUAAAUUCGAAGAUACCCUAAUUCCUAUAGGAAACCAGCCUUAUAGUGUGAAAAUAUGGUUUAUUGGCAGUUUUAGUGAGAGACACGACCUUGGUGGAGCUUAAUAAGGAAGAAUUCAUUCAACAAACAAGGAUUAAAGUACAAUCAAAGGAGAAAAAGAUGAUCUAAAGUUCUUCAUCUCUUUAUGACAAGUAUAUAUAAUACUCCUCCAAACGGUUUAAUCUUAAAUUCAUAAUCUAAUUUGGUAAAGAAUAAAAUUAUAUAAACCAGACCUAGAGCAGAAAUCCAAUACGUGUAUUAGUCUAUAUAUUGUGGGAACCUUGUUCACCGAGCCCCCUAACCGAGCUCUUCGCUCUAGACCCCGACUCGCUGACUGGUGAGUGGGUCCCUGUAACUUCCAAAUGACGAUAAAUAAUCCGGUUCUAACUCAUAUGUAGGGGGUGUUCAAAUGGUUACCAUGGUAAUAACCAAACCAAAUAAGUCUAAACUCUAUUAACCAUGGAAUACAAUAUCAUAACCAAACCGUCCAAACUAAUACAACAACCAAAUUAACCAAACUAAAGUUUAUUCGGUUUGGUUAAUUGGUUAACCAAAAUAACCAAUAUAACACCAUAUUAUCAUUAAGUGAGAAAAAAUUUCAGUUAGUGCAUCAAUUCGCAAUUUAUAUAAUGAACAACACAUAACAAUCCACAUAAUUGUAGUUAACCCUUAACGUAAAUACAUGUAACAAAGACAAUUAUCUUACAUUUGACUCUUGAGUGGUUAUCAAAGUAUUAAGUAUGUGUAUAUAAUAUAUAUUAGAUAUAUAGCUAAUUACUUAACUGGUUAAUUUGGUUUGAUUGGUUAGGAGUGCCUGAUACCAAACCAAACCACUUAAACCAAACAAGCUAAAUUUUUUAACCAAACCAAUUAUCGAAAUUAACCAAACCAAAUUAGCCAAAUACUACUGAUUAAAAUUAUUACCACGAUAACCACACCGUUUGAACACCCCCUACUCAUAUGAGCAUUUUUCACGAAGAAUUGAGCACGAUUACGAGAGUCAGAAAAUUAGAUCGAUAGAUUACACGUUCAGCGAACAGUUGGUAAUUUCUAUGGAGCGGUUUUUGUACUCGCUACUCACAAACGCAGCAUCCUCCAACCUUGUCGCCAUCACGCAACAAACUCACUCUCUGCUGCUUACAACCGGCCACUUAAUCCGUUCAAUCCGCCUUUUCAACACUCUGCUUCGAUCUUACUCCCUCAGUGGCUCCCCGCAGAAAGCUUUCUCCCUCUACAACCAACUCCAGUCGCUGUACUGCUUCCAUUCCUCCUCCUCAUCGUCUCUACAGCUUCCUUCAUUCGACAGCUUCUCGUACACUUUCCUCAUUAACGCCGCCACUCACGCUUCUUCUCUCCCCAUCGGAACCCAGUUCCAGGGUCGCGGAAUUAAAGUCGGGUUUCAUUCUCACGUCUACGUCCAGACCGCGGCGUUGAACAUGUAUACGGCUGCAGGUGUUUUGUCUGAUGCGCUGCAGGUGUUCGAUGAAAUGCCUGACAGAAAUUCGGUUAGUUGGAAUGUUUUGAUAACGGGAUUGGUGAGGUGGGGUGAGCUGGAAUAUGCUCGGUCUCUGUUUGAUGAGAUGCCGGAGAAGAAUGUUGUGACGUGGACCGGGAUGAUUGAUGGGCAUGUGCGUAUCGGGAGGUUUGGAGAAGGUUUGAGUUUGUUUCAGAGGAUGGUUUGUUGUGAGAAUAUGAAGCCAAGUGAGAUUACCAUUCUUGCCUUAAUGCCGGCUGUUUCAGGUUUGAAAGACAUGAGGGUUUGCAGGUUGGUUCAUUGUUAUGCGGAGAAAAGAGGGUUGAUUGCGUUUGACAUACGGGUUGCUAACUCGGUCAUAGAUACUUACGCGAAAUGUGGGUGCAUAGAGAGUGCUUCCAGGUUUUUUGAGGACUUGAUGGAGAGGAAGAAUUUGGUAUCAUGGACAACAAUUAUAACUGGGCUGGCAAUGCACGGGUUCGGGGAGGAAGCUGUGGAAAGAUUUGAUAGAAUGGAGAAAGCGGGUUGGAAACCUAAUCGGGUCACAUUCUUGAGUGUUUUUAAUGCGUGCAGUCAUGGAGGACUAGUGGAUCAGGGACUCAAGUUCUUAGAAAAGAUGGUAAAUGAGUAUCAAAUUUUGCCUGAUAUCAAGCACUAUGGAUGUUUAGUAGACAUGCUGGCUAGGCUGGGCAGAUUAGAAGAAGCAGAAAAUUUGGCACUGGAGAUACCGACAGAGAUUGCAAAUGUCGUGGUUUGGAGAACGCUUCUAGGAGCUUGUAGCUUUCAUGAUAAUGUUGAGAUGGCUGAAAGGGUAACAAGGAAGAUCAUGGAGAUGGAGAGAGGAUAUGGAGGUGACUACGUGCUGAUGCAUAACAUAUUUGUGGGUGCUGGGAGGUUUGGUGAUGCUGAAAAGUUUAGAAAAUUGAUGCACCAGAGAAAUGCCAUAAAACUUCCCGGCCAGAGUGCGAUAUGAUCCAUUGGACAUGCAGAUCGAUUGAUCUAGACAGGUUUGAUUUUAGUGACUUCAACCCCCAGGUUGGUUGGAAUUUUUUUAUCUCAUUACAUCUUGAUCAAUUCCUGAGGGUUGAAAUUUAAUGCUGUAUUUGGUGCCUGAUUUAUGCCUACUGCUAAAUAAAUACUAAUGUGCAACAGGUAAAGAAUUAGGGAGGGGUUAUGGUGCUAAUUGUACAAUAGUUAGCACCGUCCUAACCAAGGGAAAAACUACUACUAGUUUGAAUUAGUAGUGAUUUUAUUAUAAUCCGUAGUGAUUUCGUUAUUUUUAGUAGCGUUUUUUGCUAGUUAUCACGGUGCUAACCCCUAUAAGGAUUAGCACCUAAUCCCAUGGGUGACCACUGAAGCAAACAUCAGAGUUUUGGGAGUCAAAACCGUUUUUUUUUUUUUUUGGGUUAGGUUGAAAAGUCAAACCUUCUAUGUUAAAGAAGAGAGGUGCAAAUAUUCCAUCCACCUAGUAGAGGAAUGCUGUUCUUUUGCUGGAUUGCUGAAUGGAUUCAAUGAUACUGGGAACUCACAAGAAUCAUUUCCAUGACCAAAUUCUUCUGUGAUGCAGCAGCAAAUUCUUCAGCUUGGUCUGCAGGAGAAAUUGAUCUGUUGAAAAGUAGCCUGCCAGGGUUUCCUGAACUGUGCACACCAGCAAAAACUACUACACUUGCAUGUCCAUUUCCAUCUCAGGUACUGAUGAGUUUUAGAAGUAAAGCUAGCUCCUUUUUUCAGUAUUUGAUUUACCUAAUAUCAGGUCCAAAGUAUCAAGGGAAGCUAAGAGCAUAACCUAUUAAAGAGCAGAGAAGGCAAAUCCUUGAACAGGAGGUAGAGCAGAAGGAUUGACAGAAAGAGCUAGAUGGGAUCACUGUUCGAUGCAGCCACAUUAUUAUCCCGUGCAAGUCCCACGACAGCAACAUGACCAGUGGAACAGCACCACCUAACAAAACCGCCUUUCGAGCUUUGGAAACGGUUUUCCUAGCAAUCUUACAUAUCACAUGAAACCUUAAAAAUGAGCACCGUCGGAAGCACAGCAGGCAAAAAUGCAGAAAUACUCCAGGACAGUCGGGCAAAGGUCCCACCAAAGCACCAAUAUAGCGUCCUCCUAAUGCUCGUUGCAAAGACAGUAAAGCUCACCUCCGAAACUCCAUUCUAUUACAUGCAUCAAAGCUCGGCUAAGCUACGAGAAUGAUGGAGGAGAUUGCAUUACAGCUAGCACAUGUUUUUUUUUUUUAUGAAGAAAGAAAAUGGCGAUUGUUGGGCGUUCUGCACCAGCUUUCAUAGUUGCAGCAGGUAAUCCCAGCAUGCCUGGGCCUACUGUUGUGCCGAUGACUUAAGUUACAGCUCCUAAGAAGUUCUUCUCCCAAUGUGGGAGAUCUUCAAACAUUUCAACUACUCAAGUUAUUGAGAUGUAUUGAUUGUCGACAGUUUUCCCAGAAGCCAUAACUCCAGCAAUAAUUUUAGGCAAAUGCCCACCCCAACAUGCCUAUCAUCCAUUCCUGGAAGCUGUUCCUACGAGCUCCAUCAACCCACGCCCAACUUCCCCAAUUCGCGCUGGCGGCAAUUAUGGAAGCUUCCAUGAUCCUCGUCAUCUGUCCUCAACGACGGCUUCUCGUCACCUAUAGCACAACAGGCUGUGCAUCAAACACUGAGAAAGAGAAGUCCUUGACAACCAACCUUUUCAUUGCUGAUGCGGUGAUAUCCUGAGCUUGGUCAGUUGGUAGAUAACCAUAAUCAUAUAUUCUGUUUGGCCCUUUCACUCUCGACUACUCAACCUGUUGGGAUCACGUUAUUGAGUUUAGAAAAUGGACCGUAGGGACUAAGAUGGUCCCAGAAUUGAGGUUCCCCUUGAGUUCUUUGUUUGUAAAACGAAAUAGCAGAAAAGAAAGAAACGAAAAGUCUUGAUGAGGGAAAGCAGUAGGAAAAGGCUGCAUAGACAAGCUCCAAUAGAGUUUCCUUAGACUCGCUCUAUAACAAUAAGCGACGUGUAUUUGUGAGAAUCAACAUGGAUUUCCCCACUCAAUAUGCUUUUAUAUCGUAUCAUUUGUCGUGGAUUCCUUCUUUGGAGAUGGAUCAAAGAGACACGUGGGUGAGCUAACUAAUCAUAUAUGUUCUGUUACCUGUCAUAGCUUGCUCUCAGACGUUUGAUUGCAUUUGAUGCACAAAAUCAUAAGGACUUCCUUAUUAUCUACCUAAUAUAAUUAGCAAAUACAUAAUAUGCAAUAAAUAUAGAAAGGCGAA